UUCAAUACACAAUUUGUUUCAAAUGCAUACUGAUAAACAACCGUUAUUUACAAAUAUGGACACUCUUUACAUUGAAUGGAAUUAUGUACAUAAAUGACAAGAUUAUUUUUAUAUAAAAAUGAGUACACGAUAUGGACUAAAUGCUCUUAACCUAGCCGUUUUUCUUGGAAUUUCUAGUGAAGUAACUACCUCUCAAUAUUGUCGAGUAUUUUGCGAAUAUGGCUGUUGUGGGAACAGUUGCUGUCCAGAUCAGCGUGCUAUUGCUGUGGGGUCCAUAUUUGGUGGCCUGGCAUUUAUCUUCUUAAUUGUUAUGCUAUGUAUUAUUUGCAUGGGAUAUAUAAAAAAGAAAUCAAGGAAGGAAAGGAUGCAAAUAUCUCACGCGGACCAGGAGGCACAGACAAUCAACAAAGUAAAUGAUACAAGAACAAUCAACAUGGACAGUACCACGUGUACAGUAAUUAUCAAUUUGAAGAAUAGAAAGAAAGCCGUGGUAAAAGUGAAUAGUGGUAGAAUGUCAAUAAUAAAGGAAGAUGAUGUCGAUGUUCAAACGAGGGCAUUAAACAAACCAUUGACACCACAGCCAUUACCUCCAGAAUUAUUGAAAAGUGCUGAGGCGGCGAGGAGAAAGGAAUAAAGGACGGCAAAGUAUUGCAAGACACUUUGGAAAAAGCUCAUCCAAGAACUUUUACUCGUUUUGUUGAUUUCAUAAAUCACAAACAACAUAAUUAGUUUUGAAAGAUCGCUUCUCAUAUUUUUUUUUACUUUUUUUAUGUCCAUCCGACAAAUAUAUA